AAGAAGAAGAAGAAGAAGAAGAAGAAAAUCCAAUCGAGGGUUUCUCUCACGAAUCUUCUCCUCUUCGAUCUGAAAACCAAGUUACCAGGGUAUCAAGGGCAUACUCAGAUUAAGUUAUGGUGCCAAGUAAAAGAAGACAAAUAUGCAGCAAUGCAAACCCAAAUAACAAAAGGCUCAAAAAGCAAGACCAAACAAAGGAAGGUGAAGAGCAGGUUGAUCGAAACGCCAUGGCUGUGGACACAUUGCUACCUCACCUUCCAGACCUUAUUGUUCACAAGAUUUUCCGACUCAUUCCCACUAAACUUGCCAAUUUGCCAUACGCUCAGCCAUUGUUUCCAAACAAUGGGCAACUGUGUGGUCUUUGGGAGUCCCUCUCUUAGAUUUCGAUGACGAGGGGACUCUACUGAUCAUGAUGGUGACAAUCUCGUCCGCAGGAAGCUGUUGUUCAUCGACUUUGUGGAAAACUGUUUGAAACAUUGUGAGAAAAACAAGCUUUUGCAGUUGGAUAGUUUGAGGCUUCGAAUGAGAUAUGAUUCUGAAUUAAUAGGAGCGACAAGAAUAGACAAGUGGUUUAGUUUUGUGGUUGAUAGAUGCGUCAAAGAGUUAGAUAUCAGCAUUCAAAGAAAAGAUGACAAUGAUCCGGUCGAAAGCACAUACUACUGCAUACCCCAUACCAUUCUCAAUGCGCAAUUUCUUACUAGUCUGAAUCUAGAGCAUGUGAGAAUACCGGAGAGUAAUGAUCUGAUAAGCCUUCCGUCGUUGAAAACUAUGUCCCUAAACGCUGUGCUGUUUGAUUGCAGCAUUGAUUUGGAUAGAUCACUCUGGAUGAGCUGUCCUUCCAUCGAGCAUUUGUCGCUAGUUUCGUGUUCUUUUAGCUCAUUGGAGUACUGGUGGCAGAUCGCUGUCAAAAAUUCCAGUCUUAAAUUCUUGCAGGUUAUGUAUUGCAAGUGCAAGUCUUUUCAAGUUGAAGCUGAGAAUCUUGAAUCUUUUAUAUUCACUUCAGAUUUUCUCAACUUGAGUUCAUCCGCUUGUUUAGUGAAUCCGUCAAGUUGAAAUAUAUCAGCGUUUAUGCUCAGCAUGCGAAGAUUAUCUUUGGAAUGCCCGGAACAUGUCGAGAUAAUGUGAAGGCCACUAUUGAUAUUCCAAAUCUCCAAGUUUUUGACUACGAUGGUGGUUAUUUGCUGCCUAAUGAUGUAAUCUCUGUGAAAGCUCGAAAUCCAUUGAUUGCAUUUAUCAAGCUUAUUUGGGAUGAUGAAGAAGUUCUAGAUCCCACUUUCCUCCCUCCAUGGACACAUUUUCCUACUUGGAGAUAUUUUCUUCAAAACUUUGAUUGCUGCAAUAAAGUGGUGCUAGAUAUCCGUCAUGAUGCCAUUGCUGAGGCUCUCACAUUUCCAGAAAAUUUCAGGCAGACAUUCUCACCACCGUUAUCUAAUCUCAAGUAUCUCAGUGUCUCGAUUGUACGUCUUCGUUGUCCGCAAACAACGGCCAGAGUUUCAGCCUUGACGGACUCUUUGCGUUGGAUGGCACCAUAUGCAUGGUUUACAUCAACUUACUGGGACUAUGAUGAGGCUGAAACUUCAGAGGAAGAUGAAUAAUUAUUGGCAUUAUUUACUAUAUAAAAUUGGUACAUCAUUCCAUACACUAAAUGGUACAAAAUGAUCAUUGCUAGCUAGCUAGGUUUUCUUUA